AUGGCGGCGGCGGUGAUAGAGAGUUGCAUGGGAGGAGACCCUUUGUGGGUGUUCUUGUGGGCUGUCAAAGAAAAGCACCGAACAACAGAACAAUUGAGAGAGAGAGAGGGGUCUUGGUGGUGGACAGUUUCAUGGUUGGAGACAUGCCCAAUUUCUUCCCUGCACCUAAAUUCCUUGCUUCUACUUGACUUACCAGAUCCCAAAGUUGAUCAGGUAAGGGACCAAACUCUGAGCCGGAUAAAAAGUAAUAUAGAACUCAUGGUGGCUACAAAUGGUUGGAGAAAGGUGGUUGUUAUUCCACAUUCAAUGGGUGUUCUGUACUUUCUGCAUUUCAUGAAAUGGGUUGAGGCACCUGCUCCAAUGUGCGGUGGGGGUGGAACAGAUUGGUGUGCUAAGCAUAUAAAGGCAGUGAUGAAUAUUAGUGGCCCCUGUUUAGGCGUGCCAAAAGCAGUCUCAGGAUUUUUCUCUAAUGAAGCCAGGGAUAUUGCUGCAGCCAGGGCUUACGCUCCGGGUUUUUUGGAUAAGGAUGUUUUUGGUCUUCAAACUCUGCAACAUUUAAUGCGGAUGACUCGUACAUGGGAUUCAACCAUGUCUAUGAUACCAAAAGGUGGGGAUACAAUCUGGGGUGGCCUUGAUUGGUCACCCGAAGGAAUCGACAAUUGUGGUGCAAAGAAGCCAAAAGACAAUAGUACACACACUGCAAUUCCAAAUGGGAAAGAGGCAUCAAGUUUCACGGAUGGUGUGAACUAUGGGAGAAUUAUAUCGUCUGGGAAAGGUGUUGCUGAGCUUCAUUCCUCCAAAAUUGAGAGGAUUGAUUUCAGGGAUGCUGUUAAUUUUAAUAACCCUGCAAACAACUGUGACACCUGGACAGAGUACCAAGAAAUGGGUGUCGGGCAUAUUAAAGCUGUUGUGGACUACAAAGUAUCCACAGAUGGAUCAGUUUUGGAUCUGCAUUAUUUUGUUGCUCCCAAGCUUAUGAAACGUGAAGGUGCUCAUUUUUCACAUGGGAUUGCAGAUGAUUUGGAUGAUCCUAAAUACAAACACUGUAAAUAUUGGUCGACCCCCUUAGAAACAAGAUUACCGAAUACUCCUGAGAUGGAGAUAUAUUCUAUGUAUGGAGUUGGAAUGCCCACUGAAAGAGCAUAUGUUUACAAGCUAGCUUCUACUACUGAAUGCUCACUUCCGUUUCAGAUAGAUACCUCGGCAACUGGUGGAAUUGAGAACUCUUGUCUGAAAGAUGGAGUUUUUUCCGUUGAUGGAGACGGGACAGUUCCUGUUUUGAGUGCUGGUUUUAUGUGUGCAAAGGGUUGGCGAGGCAAAACACGAUUCAAUCCUUCAGGCAUUCAUACUUACAUAAGGGAAUAUAAUUAUGCCCCUCCAGCUAAUCUUCUAGAAGGCCGAGGCACCCCAAGUGGUGCUCAUGUUGAUAUACUGGGGAACUUUGCACUAAUAGAGGACAUUAUAAGGGUUGCAGCAGGAGCUACGGGAGAGGACUUGGGAGGAGACCAAAUUCACUUCGAUAUUUUCAAAUGGUCUGAAAAGAUCAACUUGCAUCUAUAGUUCAUAAGGUGAGCACUGAAAACUGGUUUAUAUGUUAUCUAUGAAUGAAGUGGAGUACUGAUUCAGUUGAUGCAUUAUUUGCCGUGGAUUUUUAAAUAUACUAUUUGUUCUACUUGUUUUAGUACUCUGUUAAUAAUAAAACUGGCCUGAGACUAGGUAGAAUUGGAUCAUUUGUCAUCCAAGUUGCCUUUCUACUUUGUCAUAUGAAGUUGCAGUUAUCUAUAUGCAUUGCAAUUUUCUUAAUGGCCUGGCCUCACUGUAGUCACACGUAUUGAUUGGCAGCAGAAAUCAUGCCUACUUCCGCCCUUGCA